AUGCGCCCAGGUCUAAUUUUACUGGCACCCGUGUUGAUCUCAUCUGCCUGCCCGAGCCACGCCUUCCCGCGGCUCGUCGCGAGUGGAGACGCAAAGGACGACGACGACCGCAGCUGCGCCGACAAGAACGAGAACUGCGCCGGCUGGGCGGCGACGGGUGAGUGUGAGGCAAACCCGAGCUUCAUGCUGGCCAGCUGCGCGGACUCGUGCACACACUGCAGGCAGGGCCGACCCGGCGAGAUGCGCUCGCGCGAGGAGCGGCUCAAGCGGAGAGAAAUGCGUGCGACGACCACGACGGCUCCGACGGUCUGGGUGCGCAGCUAUCGACACACUCGUGUCGUGGUAGUGGCUAGCGCCUGUAGCGACUUUGGUGCGAGGCGAGGGCCGGAGGAGGGAGGGCAGACGAUCGACGCGACGAUGCGGCGCAUCCUUCGCGAUUUUCCGCAGUACGCGCCGCGAGCUGUGUCGCGGCCGGGCGGGCCGCACGGCGAGGGCGCUCCCUGGGUGAUGUCGACAGCGCACGUGUACACUUGGAGUGAAAACAUUUUCCAGUUUGGAGAAUUGGAGAUUGACCCGGCCGGGGGGGGGAUCUCUAGGCUCAUCACAAAUCGCACCGUGCGACUGCGCGAGAGUUGCGCAGUGAAACCACCCCGGGGCCAACCGUCUUCGGUUUCGUCGUCCAUAGUGCACUAUAACCCACGAAACCCGAAUAAAAAACAGAACAUGUUGCACCACGUGCUCCCGGCGGAGCCCAACUGCUUGCACUCGACAAGGCAGUCCAUCCACUCGCGGCAGCUGAAGUCGAACUUCCACUCAAUGCGGCUCGCGCCGGGUUGUGAGCUCGGCGAGCGAGGAGGGCACUGCAGUGGAGGUGCAGCGGCCGUCCGGCGCGUGCGCGAUGGGCUGCAGCUUCAUUGGCAGCUACCAGAGCGCGUCUGGAGCGCUGCCAUUGUGUGA